CAUCAUCAUCAUCAUCAUCAUCACAAUCGUCAAUCACCACUCCAUUUCCCCCAUGAAUUAGUUGAUGUUCUAAACAACACAUCUUUUCCGUAUUUGACUGCGGCGUACAACUCUCUUCUUGACACCCUCGGACGCCCUCAUCAAAGAUUCCAUGCAGAUGGUGGUCGCAUGUCGUUCAUUACCCACAAUCCCUCUCCUUUCCCACCACCUUCUUUUUCUUCUCCUCUCUCCGAUCCUUCGACAAAACCUAGCCAGAUAAAAUUCUUUCGACCUGCCCAGAUGGCCUUGUUUGCCCAACUGGCUGUCUACCCUCCUUUGGCACAAGUCACUGUGGUAUCUCCCACCCGAGGCAAAUUCAAUUUCACGGUUGUCUUAGAAUCUUCAACAUCUUUACCAGAGAGGCCGUGGGAGGUAUCGAUAUGGUACGACUACGGCGCUUAUUCUGGCACCAGAGCUCCUUGGCGAGCCCUGGAUCUCGAAUUGGUCGACCAUACGCCCGCCGUACUUCAUGACGACUCAUCAAACUCCAAUUAUCGAUACACUUUUUCUGGUGACCUCGACAGUCCAUAUGUCUCGCCGGAUAAGACCUACAAGGGCCGAAGGGUCCCCUUCACCAUUCGCUAUCGGAUCGAUCCUGGCAGUGAGUGGUCGUGGGUCUACCACAAUUUCGGCAUCAAGGACGGAGAGCUCAUUUUACAACCUCCUAUCGACCCGAACUUUUUGGGUGCUUAUCCAGUCGAGAUUGGGGAAGGCUGGAUCAUAAGAAAGACCCCCAGCGAGACCCCCAACGCUCGACUUUACACAAUCGAGUCCUCUCAACCCAUUCCCACUCCUAAUAAAGGAAAUGCUAAACCAGAAUCACUUGUUCUCGGUCGGGUGACGCAGGUCUGUAGAUGGUUUGGUCUUGUACGGAUAUGGGAGCCGUGGAUGGCACCUCGACAUGGGAAUACUCUAUUUCGCCUGAGUGAACCUGCAGUUCUACUCUCUUUCCUGCGGUCGGACGGUUUACAUGUGGUACUGCUGGCGAUCAAUGGCAUCGACGAUGUACUCACUCAUUUUGGGUCAUCCUCGAAUGGCGAGAUCGUGGUGGAAGCUAGGAAUGACUCUGGCAAGGACCGAAAAUUCAAGGUGUUGGCUGCUUCAGCUUGGAAAUUUGAGCUUGCCAACGCCGCCGUCAUGUACGAGGCACGCAGAUUGGUUCGGCAGUCGAUGGCGUAUCAUCGAUUGCUUGAACAACUCGAUCAACUGCCCGGAAACGUUCGAGCAGAAUCCAUCGAUUCAGAUACCGUACUCGUCAACAGCAACAGGAACAACACGGACGAUCCUACUGUGACACCCCAAUGGUUGGAGUCAUGGUAUGACAGUCUGGCUUACUGUACCUGGAACUCUCUGGGUCAGGAUCUCAACGCCGAGAAGAUCAUGACAGGCUUGGAUUCUCUCGCCAAAAACAAGAUUCACAUAUCAACUCUAAUCAUUGAUGACAAUUGGCAGUCGUUGGAUGGUACACAAGGAGAUACAAACCAGUUCAACAGGGGCUGGACAAGUUUCGAGGCGGAUCCACUGGGUUUCCCUGAGGGUUUGAGGGCAGCUGUAUCCAAAAUCCGCAACGCACACCCUGCCAUCCGCGAUGUCGCCGUCUGGCAUGCGCUCAUGGGAUACUGGGGCUGUGUAUCACCAGAGGGCGAGAUAGCACAAAACUACAAGACCCUCGAGGUCAACUUUCGCGAAGGAACCCCGAUGGCCGGCCAGAAACUCGUGAUCCACCCAGACGACAUUCACAGAAUGUAUGAUGACUUUUACCGUUUUCUUGCCAGUGCUGGCGUGACUGGAGUGAAGACCGAUGUACAGUUUUCGUUGGAUCUUCUGGCAGACACUGCCGACCGCCAAUCCAUGACCAAUACCUACCAGUCGGCGUGGACUCAAGCUCAUCUGCGUCACUUGACGGGCAAAGCCAUUUCUUGCAUGUCGAUGGUCCCUCAGAUACUCUAUCACAGCUUUCUACCCACCACUACCCCUCGAAUCAUGCUUCGAAACAGCGACGACUUCUUCCCCGACGUCCCCACUUCCCACGCCUGGCAUGUCUUUGUCAAUGCGCACAAUGCCCUCUUCGUCCAACACCUCAACGUCCUUCCUGACUGGGACAUGUUUCAAUCCAGCCACCCGUACAGUGGAUUCCACGCUGCCGCCCGCUGUCUUUCCGGGGGUCCCAUCUACAUCACCGACACCCCGGGUGAACACGAUGUUGGCUUGAUCCACCAGAUGACCGCCCUCAACCCGAGAGGCCAGACGGUGAUCCUCCGACCCAGCACGGUAGGCAAGACGAUGGGGGUAUACGACAAGUACGACGAAAGGGGUGUUCUCAAAAUCGGCGCCUACGACGGUAGAACGGCCGUCGGGACUGGUCUGUUGGGCGUGUUCAACAUUGCCGAGUCGGAACUGAGCUUCAUUCUGCCCGUUACAAAGUUCCCCGGUGUCAAUGCCCCCGAUUCAGGCGUUUCGGAGCAGAAGUGGAUAGUGAGGUCUCACGUCUCUCGACGCAUCACGUCUCCGAUUCAUCCGUCGGACCCCAUCAGGCCGGACGGUUUGUUGCAGUGCACGUUGCCCAUCCGUGGGUAUGACGUGUGGACUGCUCUCCCUGUGCACUCCUUCACAUUGCCAUCGUCUGGUUCCGAAGUUGACGUUGCACUUUUGGGUUUGCUGGGCAAGUUCACCGGCUCGUGCGCCAUAAUCGAGUCCUCAUUCGAUUUGACUGCCGUGGCGGAUGAUGAGUCUGACCCUCCAGAAACACAAUCGGGCUCGCGGUUGAAGAUCCACGUCCAACUGAAAGCUCUCGGGGUGUUGGGGAUUUGGUUGUCCGAUGUCCAAUCGAGCUCCCGCAAGGUCGAGGACCUGAUGGUCAUGAUCCAAGGCAAGCCUGUCCCUGAAGAUACCGUGCGUCUCGACACGAAGAAUGUACCCAAAGAAAGUGGGGUCCUCGAAGUUGAUGUUGAAAGGGCAUGGAACGAAAUGGAACUUGACUCUGGUUGGAGUAACGAGGUUGGCGUGGAUAUGUUUUUGAAAUGAUCAUUUUUCCCCCUUUCUACCUCAUUACGACUUGGGGUUGGGUCCGUUUCUUGGACAUUGGAUAUUGAUUGGCAAUUUUUUUUUUCACGUUGAGACCAAGACUUGCCCAGCAGAAUGCAAACUGUAAAAAUGCAAACUGCAAGCACACCUACAAAAUAAAAAAGGGGGAUCCCGAAAUCGGACGAAACUUGGAUUCGUCAAUCUAGACACUUUCUUUUUGCCGAGUUUGGACCAGGGACCUUGGGACUUUCUGUAGUUGAAAAAGAAAAGGAUGAGUUUCUCUGGCCGUGACUAACAGAGUAUCGAAGAGUGUCGUUCAAGAGAGACUCACAGCGAGGCGAAGGGAUACUUCGAACCGGGUCUCUUUUUUUUAUUUUUCGGAAUGACCUUUAUCCCAGGUACAGAGUUUCCUCUGUCAGAGGGAAGUGAACUGGUUCGAGGGACGUCGACUCCCGACGAGCGAAAAGGGGGCCGGUCGGUAUAAACGCCCACGGUGCGGUGGAGAGGUCAGUGACACCACCACCCAAGGUAAC